AUGGCGUCUGCUAGCUCGUCAAGCAGUCAUCGGUCGCCGCGGUCCAUGGCCUUCUCAGGGCAGUCGCCGGUGCCAUAUCGGGAGCCACCGAUGGCGUACUCGCCUGAGAAGGUGUGCCACUGCAAAGUCAAGGCUCCGAGGUGGAUUUCGUGGAGCAUUGCCAACCCCGGUCGUCGAUACUACAACUGCAGCCAAUCUCUGGGAUAUGACUGUGGGUACUUCAAGUGGCAUGAUGAUCCCUUGGAUAAGUUUGUCAGUACGCUACUAGGUGACCUGCGAGAUGUUGUGAAUCGGCUGAAGACAGAGGUUAGGAAGCUCAAGACCGAGAAAUCAUAA